AUGAGUUUGAGCAGUUGUCGAAAUACCAGAAUAGGGACUGUCCUAAAAAAGAGUUUGUCCGGUGGAGAACGCAAGCGACUAGCAUUCGCUACAGAGAUUCUGACGGACCCAUCAAUUUUGUUCUGUGACGAACCGACAUCUGGACUCGACUCUUUCAUGGCUUUACGGGUUGUUGUGGCACUGAAAACCUUAGCAUCCAAAGGAAAAACCGUCAUCAGCACGAUUCACCAACCUUCUAGUCAAGUUUAUGAGAUGGCAGAUAAAUUGAUCCUUUUGACUCACGGUCAGGUUACUUAUCAUGGCAGUGCCGCUGAAGUUGGGAAAUUCUUCAGUUCAUGUGGGUAUCCUAGUCCGAGGUUUACCAAUUUACCUGAUCAUUUCAUGAAGGUACUUUCUAAAGAUGACGAUAUUUCGGAGGAGGAUUACAACAAUAAAAUCAAAAAUCUUGUGGAGUCGUAUGAAACAUCGGAGGAGGAGAAGAUUGUUCAUCGUGUGACGCACGCGUUUGUUGUGACCUCAUCAGAAAUGAGAGGCAAGCUUAAUAUUGGAGACGGUGCAAGAUACUCUGCAUCGUGGAUUGCUCAGCUGUGGUGGCUAUUCAUAAGGUCUUCUAAAAUCAUGGCGAGAGAUUGGCAGGGAUUUUUCACACGUCUUAUAAAGACUGUUGUCGUUUCCUUGAUUCUUGGAAUGAUUUUCUUUGACACGAGAUUUACUAAAGACACUCUUAUGAACUACAAAGGAGCCGCUAUACGAGCAGUUGCUGACAUGUCUUUCAUUUACUUAUUUCCAAGUCUUUAUGUAAGUUGUUAUUAUUGCCUUUUGCCUAUACAGGCAAAUUCCGGCAAUUGA